AAGGACCAUUAUAGCCUGGCCUAUAACUCCCAUAAUGCCCCGCGUCGCCAUAGAGUCCCAUUCUAACAAGAACUACAUUUCCCAUGAUGCCACGCACGUUCCCGUGAGACCCCGCGGCCGCUUUCCCGCGCUUUUCGCUCCCCGCCAUGGCGGCGCCGGAGCCCCUCAGACUUUGGGCCCUCACCGAGAUGGCGCUGCCGCCUUCGUCCCUUCCACCCGACCCCGCGCUCCGCAGGCUGCAGUUGGGGCCCUGCGCCCCCAUCUGGGACUUCAUCACCCGCUACGUCAGACACCCACACCCCCCCAAAUUUUAGGGGGGGUCCCCCAAAAUCUUGGUGGAUUCCUUAACUUGAGGCGCAGGUAUCAACGUUUGGAGGAGAGAGAGGGUUUGGGGUCCCCCCCGCCGAGGGCGAAGCUGCGGGAGGCACUGGAGCAGCUCCGGGGGGAACUGGGAGCACUGGGAGAGCAACUGGGGGGGGCGCAGGAGGCGGCCAUGGAGCUCGAGGAGGCGCUGGGGGCGGGGCUGUCCCAUCAGGGGUCUCUGCGGCGUCGGGCAAUGGAGCUGCGGCACUUGGGGGAGGCGGCAGUGUGCCAGGGGCGGGGCUUAUGCCAGGGGCGGGGCCUGCUGCACCUUCCCAAGCGGCCGGUGCAGGCAUGGCAGGAGUUGGCAGCCAUGGCGGCCGUGGGGCUGGAGCCGGCGGUGCUGGCGUCGGUGCGAGCCGCGUGCCGGAUCCGUGCCGAGGCGCUGGAGGAGCUGCUGGAGCCGCGCCCGCCGGAGCAGCUGGAAAAGCUGAUGGAGGCAGCGAACGAGCGGUGGCUGCGGGCGGCUGAGGGGGUGCUGAGCACCCACCCCCCCUCUGCUGUGCUAUGGGCGCUCGAGCACUUGGCGACCGAGAGCACCCGCCUGCUCCCCAGGAGCCAAGCCGAGGCCGACCUUGAACCCGAGGCUGUUCCCAGUGUGAGGCGUCUGAUCCAGGAAUGCUGGAGCGCAGUGGGGGGGUUGUGGGGCCAAUUGCCCCCCCUGCUCGCCCGCCUGCGCCCAAUGCGCUCCCGGCUCCUGUGGCUCCACGAGCUGCUGGCCCAGCGCCUCGCGGGGGACCCCGAAACCCUGCAGGCAGCCAGGCUGCGGUUGGAGUUGGCGGCGCUGCGGGGGACACGAAAGGCCCUGACACGAGAGCUGCCCGACCCAAAACUGAGAGAAUUCACCCCAAAAUUGAGAAGGACACCAAAUCCGAAGGAAUUCACCCCAAAACUUGGAGGAACCCCAAAAUUCAGAGGAUUUGCCCCAAAUCUGGAGCGCAGAGAGCGGCUUUGGCGAGCGAGGAUGCGCCUGCGCCGCCGGCAGCGCCGUCUCCGCGCUUUGGGAGAGGCUACGCGGGAGCUCAAAGCGUCGCUGCGGCCGCUCGCAGCCCAGGUUCGCCGCUCGGGAAUCGCUGAGGUGGGGGAGGCGGCGGCGGCGCUGGCGAAGGAGGGGCAGCGCUUACUGGGAGAACUGGGAGAACUGGGAGCACUGGGAAUACUGGGAACAGCACCGCAGCGCCCCGGCCCCUCCCCCCUCCUGCCCACCUUGCGCAACCUGGGACUGCGACCCUGCCAGGAUCCACGUGGGGCGCUGUCUCGCGCGGUGGCGCUGCGGCGGGAAGUGCGUGGAGGGGCGGGGCCUCCCAAAGGGGCGUGGUCACCACCGCCGCCUCCAAUCGACGAGCCCGUGGGCGUGGCCAGAGACCACGUGAUCCUGCCACGCCUCCGCCUCGUGGCCGCCCACUGCCGGGAGCGCCUGCAGGAUUGGCCCCGCCUCCAGGGCCUCGUCAGCCAAUGGUGGGAGCAGCCGGCUCAGUGGGCUCUGGCCCCGCCCCCCAGCCGCCCCUCGCUCUCCCAUUGGCUGCAGCGCUGGAGCCGCGCUGCGCGUGCGCUGGCCCCGCCCCCGCGAUGGGAGGGGCAGGAGGAGGAAGAAAAGGGGCGUGGCAAGCGCUAGCCACGCCCCCUCCAUAUCUGAUUGAUGCUGAGUAAUAAAAGGCAAUGU